AGAACCCAAACCGCCGCCAUGGGUCGCGAAGAGCAGGUCGAAGAGCGCGAAGUGCUCGAAUCCAUCUUUCCCGACGAAAUCACAGACAUCUCCGAGACGGAAUUCAGGAUAAAAGUCACCCUCGACAUCCCCGGCGAAGAAGACGCCGCCGCCGAACCGCCGCACUUCCUCCUCUCCGUCCGCUACCCAGACGACUACCCCGACGCAGCACCACACCUCGACAUCCUCUCUUCCCCAUCCAGCCCGCCGCACCCGCACUUCAACGUCAGCGACGACCGCGACAAGCUGCUCGCCGACCUCGCCGACACAAUCACCGAGAACCUCGGCAUGGCCAUGGUCUUCACGCUGUACUCGUCCUUGAAAGAAGCCGCAGAGCAGCUCAUUCAGGACCGCAAGGCCGCGGAGGAAAAGGCCCGUGAGGAGGAGCAGCUCGCCGCCGAGCGGGAGGAGAAUAAGAAAUUCCACGGCACGCCCGUUACGCCUGAGACGUUUAUGAAGUGGCGCGAGGGCUUCCUCAAGGAGAUGGAGGAGAAGAGGCUGCGCGAGGAGGAGGAGCGGUUGGCGGAGAUGAAGAAGGCUAGGAUCAAGGAGCCGGUCAGAUUGACCGGGAGACAGCUCUGGGAGAGGGGCCUGGCGGGUAAGGGUGAGGAGGAGGAGGAGGAGGAGGGGCUUGCGGAUGGGGUUGAGCAGCUCAAGGUUGAGGCUGUGUAGAGAGUGGAAUAGAUGGGAGGGGCCUGUUUUGGAGUAUAUAACAUGUAUGGAGUUAUUCUGCUUUUCUUUCUGCUU